AUGAAAGUUUUUUAGGUCUUUAAACAUAUGGAUGUUUUUGGUGCACCAUUAUUUUAGAGAGUUGAUUAAAACUCCUAAAUAUAUAAAAGUAUAUUUGGAGGUGUAAUAUCAUUAUUGAUUUUUUCAUCUAGUUUUGCUUAUGCAUUUUGGGAAUUUUAUAAAUGGAACACAUACUAAUUAAAUCCAAAAAUAUCUACAUCUCUUUAUGCAUCAGAUUUCUCUUUAUUAGAUUAGAAUUAUGGAAUUAUUAAGAUUCACUAUUGGAAAGACAAUAUUGCUACAAUCGACCCUUUCGAAAACAAAAUUCUAAUACCACUAAUAAGUUAUACUGAGAAUUAUAUUAUUGUAGACACAAAAGUAUUAAAGUUUUCUAAUGAAACGAGUUAUACUGGAAAUUAGUUUCUCAUACCUAAAAUAAAACUUGGAUUUUCACAAAUAAAUGGUUCUUUAAUGACUACAUCAGAAAUGUAUAUUUAUUUUGUCAAAUGUACAGAAGAAUUACUUGGAUAAAAUGAAAAAUGUGCUUCAUAAGAUUUAAUUGAUGUUUUUUUUAAGCAGCCAUUAAAUACAAUAGCAAUGCAAAUUCAUUACAAUUAAUUAAACUCGGAAAAUGCAUCUAUUUAAUAAAGUGUUUAAGAGUUUUUGAUCUAAAUUGAAAAGGAAAAUUGUUAAACUUUGAAUACAUACUUAUAGACUACUUAUUAUGAAGUGAAAAACUAAUUUCUUUUUGGUCAACCUAAUCGUUAUGAAUUUGUAAAUGGUGUUCAAAUUUAACCUCAGACUAAUUCAAUCUCAUAUUGCUAAUAAGCUUUCGGUUAUGAGACUUAUUCAUUAAUUUAUAUAGAGAUGAAAGGAAACUAAGUAAAAACUAUUCUGGAAUAUCCAAAUUUAGGAGAUGUUUUGGCAAAUAUUGGAUCAAUUGUAUCAGUUUUAUUCAUGGUUCGAUUUAUAAUAACUUAGUUGAAUUCUUAUUUUUUACAUGUUGAAAUUAUAAGGGAUCUAAUCUCAUUUUAUUAUCCUUAAUUUUAAAAUAUAAAGAUAUAAAGAAAUUGGAAAUUUUAAAUUACAAAAGUUCAAUUAAGAAGUUAAUAAAUAGAUCCUAAAGAAUUUUAAAAAUUUUACAGUAAUUUAAAAAGUUAAAUGGAAUUAAAAAUGUCAUUAUUAGAUAUAUUAUAUGAAAUAUCUAGACUUUAUUUUUUAAUACGCUCAAUUAAAUCAAGAGAAGAGAUAAAUCGGUGCCAUUAAAUUGGAAUAUCUAUAAAUUCCACUUUUGAAUAGAAUAAUGAAAUCGACUCUCCUAAAUGUACAUCUAGAAAAUUAGUUAGUAUCGCUUUAAAUGAUUAAGAUGUUAAUAUUUUAUCAUUAAAUCAAAGAAAGUAUUAGAGAUAAGAAAGUAUUGAGAAUGAAAUGGAAUUAUCAGAUUAGUUUGAAUUCUAUGACAUUAACAAAAUAUAUAGCUGA